AUGCCGUUUUAUACCAAAGGCGAUGUCCGCAUCCACUAUGAGGAAGUUGGGUCCGGGUUCCCGCUUCUGGUGACUCCCGGCGGAGGCUUGAACUCCACUAUCGACAAAUGGCCCGGACAGGUGUUCAACGCCAUGGAGGUGUUCAAGAACGAUUUCCGCUGCAUCACUAUGGACCAGCGCAACGCGAAUGGCGGAGAGUCUACCGGGCCGGUCCAGGUCAACGAUCCUUGGGGAGCGUUCGCCGACGACCAGCUAGGAUUGAUGGACCACCUUGGCAUUCAGGAGUUCUUUUUCAUGGGUUACUGCAUCGGUGGCCCCUUUGCGUUCAAGCUCAUUGAGCGAGCGCCUGAGCGCGUCCAGGCCGCCGUAUUCUGCCAACCGGUUGGGCACUCGAGCGCAACACCAGACGCGAUGUACGACUCCGGUCACGACCUGUGGGGACCCGAACUUUGUGCACAGCGGUCAGAUCCGGACUUCAUGUACUGCGUAUCGCGGGACUUCGCGCGCUCGUGCCAGACGCCGAUGCUGGUCAUGCCGGACGAUACGCCGUCGCACUCCUAUGAAGCCGCAAUUGCCCUGGUGGAAUUGGCUCCUAAUGCCGAGGUGACGGCAUAUCCCUGGAAGGAGUUAGAUGACGUGCGUGCGAACGCGAUAGAGCAGGUGCGGGAGUUCCUGAAAGUCCCAUCAGCCCGCAUAGACCGGACGCUGAAAGGGAGUGCUGCGUAA